ACAUGUCAACCAGGUGUAAACAGGUAAGCGGAUGGAGUGAUUUACCCUCAUUCUUUUUCUUUAAAAAUUAAAUAUAAUAACUUUUAAAACAUAUUACAAUAUAUUACAACUUUUUAAAGCUAAUAAUGCUAUAACGUGGUAAGGCUCCAAAAUAAUUUUAAGUGGGGGAAUAUAUUUAUCUUUGUCUUAUACACACAGAACUGAACUCACACCUUUCUCUUUCUGGCAAGAGUCUUAUGCGCAGCUGUUAUUGUACAUCCUUCUCUGCCGUACAUAUAAAAAGAUAUAGCGCUUGCAGUCACACUUUAUUUUUACAUGAAAUUAUUGAAACUUUAGAUCGUGUCAAUCAUUAGCUUUGCCAAGAUUUGGAAAGUCAAUCAUAUAUCGUUGGAUUCGUAAUAAAAUUCAGAAAAUUUACAUAUUUAAUUUUUAAUGAAAAAGAAUGAGGGUAAAUCACUCCAUCCGCUUACCUGUUUACACCUGGUUGACAUGUAUUCUUGCCUAAAAAAGGGAAGCGAUGUUUCGGGAAGUGAAACUCAUGCGUUUGAUGACAUCAAUAAUCUCAUGGAGGCAAAGCACCCAACCGUACGCCAACAGCGACCAAAUUCCGAUGCAGAAGGACGACAUAAUGAGUCGUCGACGACAUUAGGGGGAGACGCUCUGUCCUCACUUCCUCAAGCGUCAUUCAACUAUAUAAAUUCCAUUGUCGGCAGCGGCGUCAUUGGCAUUCCAUAUGCACUUCAUCGCGCUGGCUUUGUACUGGGUUUGAUUCUGCUGAUAUUGAUUGCUUACAUCACGGAUUACUCACUCAUUUUAAUGGUAAGAUGCGGGCAUAUAUGCGGAAGGUUUAGUUACCCAGGUAUUAUGGAAGCGGCUUACGGUAAAUAUGGAUACUACCUUCUAUCGAUAUUACAAUUCAUGUAUCCAUUUCUGGCUAUGAUUUCCUACAAUGUUGUCGUAGGUGAUACUCUGUCUAAAGUGCUAGUACGAUUUUUUCCGUCUUGGGGUACGUCGAUGCGUGCUGUACGGCUGGGAGUUGUAUUCUUCGUUACAAUUGGCGUUGUAGUACCGUUAUGUCUAUACAAAAACGUUUCUCGAUUAGCCCGUGCCAGUUUUAUUAGUUUGGCGUGCGUGGUGUUCAUUUUGUUUGCCGUAAUUGUAAAGUUGUUGUCGGGUGAUUACACUGUCGCCGAUUCCCCAGAAUCUUGGAGAUUUGCCAACAUUGAUUUAAUUCCAGCAACGGGCAUUAUGGUUUUUGCAUUUAUGUGCCACCAUAAUACGUUUUUGGUUUAUCAGUCCAUGAGAAAUGCUACACUUGAGCGAUGGGAGAAAGUCACGCACAUUUCAAUUGGAUUUGCUUUAGCAGUAGCAGCUCUGUUCGGUAUUGCUGGAUAUUCUACGUUCCGUGCGCUCUCGCAAGGCGAUUUAUUGGAGAACUACUGUUGGAAUGAUGAUCUGAUGAAUUUUUCACGGGUGCUUUUCUCUAUUUCAAUUUUAUUGACUUUUCCAAUAGAGUGUUUUGUUUCUCGAGAGAUUGUACGCGCUUUCGUGCACCGCUUUGUAUUAAAGGAACCUAUUAGUGAGCUGACAUUAGACAAAGAUCCCAAUCUUGAGAAGGGCGCUGAUAUUGACGAAUAUGGAAAAACCAUUACGUUGGCUAUAGUUUUCAGCGCUUUCAUCAUUUCGCCAUUAACUGAUUGUUUAGGAUCGGUACUGGAGUUAAAUGGACUUUUGGCAGCGAUCCCUUUGGCAUACAUUCUCCCUGGUCUAGCUUACAUACAAAUGGAAUCUCACUCUCUCUUCAGCCGCGAAAAAGUACCGGCACUCGGUCUGGUCGUCUUUGGAACCAUUGUAACAAUAAUGGGUGUGGCCGUACUCCUUCCUGGACUUAUGGGAGAUUGUCGUGCUGAUGUUGUCAUGGAUUACUGUAAGCAAGAAUUUACAGAUAAUGGAAAAACAAAUUCUUCCACUGGACACAAAUAAAAUAGUAAAUCAGGUCGUAUUCCAGUGAUCCACUUGUUAAAACAUACAUACAUAUUAGAAAUCGUUUUAAAUUACAAUUAAAACAGACGUAUGCACCUGUUAAAUAUGUGUUUACAGUUGAUUAGUAUGUACAUACACACACGCGCUUCAAUGCGAAUAUGUUGUCGAAGUCGAGGUGCAUAAAAUAUUUUUUAGGGAAAGUAUUAAAUUUAAGAAAUCAAAUUUAAAAACAGUUUGUUCAAAAGUCCAAUCCAAUCGAUUCAAAAUAUAGCGUAAAGAUAAGUAGAUCUUGCAAAUUCGCUAACUGUGAUUUCUGUUUAAGAUUCACAAAAAAACACUGUAAAGGUACAUAUAUAUGGCUAACAAUAUUUCACUGUCAAAUUUCCAUUUAUAGAUUUAAGAAAUUUUUCGGUAUUAUCAAUAUUUUUGUUGAAUAUGAUACUCUAUCUUAUACACAAUGUAGUUUUUAGUAUAUAUAAUAUUAUAUAUAAUUUUAUCUGCUAUUCCAUAUUGUUACCAUUACUACUUUUAUAACCACAUAAUUUAAUUCCUAAAACUUUGCUAUGAUUAGCGAUUAAUGUGCAGCUUAUCUUAAGAUGAACUUAAUCGGGCUUUCAUUGGCAGAAUUAUAUAUGUAAGUAUAUUCAUACAUACAUGCAUGGCCACACCGCGAGCAUGUCCACACGGAAUUAUCCUAAAUUGCUCAAAGCUUUGUGAAAACUUGCAAAUUUGACACUUUAACACUCUCGGCAAGAAAACAAAUCCAUCAACUACUGAUAACUUAUAGAGUAUAACAGUUAUGGCCUAUUUACACUGACUACACAGAUAGUCUUACAGAGUUUGUACAUUUAUUGCAAGAUACCUGUUGAAGCUAUGAUCAUUUCAAAAUAAAACAGGAAGUGCAAAAGUAACUAUUUUAUCCAGAAAUUAACAUUAGUUUUGAUAUUAUAUACGAUAUAUACAUACAUACAUACAAAAACUUACAUCGAGUACAUAUAGCACUUAUGGCAAUUACAUACGAAUUCACGAAGAAAUCUUGUUACAUGAUUGUAGAUGAAUAAUAUUAUACUAAAGUUUGUUAUUAGAGUCAAAAGCAGCUAAACUCUAAAUCAUUAAAUCUAGCAUUAAGACUAUUUGUUUGCACACACAUAUAUACAUACAUAUGUGCAUGGUAAUGUAUGCAUUCUUGAAUAUAUACUUACGCAUUGCGGAGGGUGGCAGCUUUCCGCUUUUACGGAGGCGUAUGUCGAAGUGAAAAUUAAAUAAUAAAUUUUGAAACUUGCGUACUCUUUAAGUUGAAAUGAACAUUUCACAGUUAAAGCCUUUGGCGCUUAGAAGCAUAUAUGUAUGUAUGUACUAAUGUACCAGUUUCUAAAAACAUCAUAUCAUAGAGUAACAAAUGUUCGCUUAUUUAAGGGGAGGGUAGGGGUUUCAAGGUAAAAAAAUACUUUUUUGUGAAUUUAUUUCUCAAAUCUCGAUUGAGUAAUUUUAUUCGAACCUUUUGUACAUUAUAGAGCACACUUUUGACAUUGUAAGGUAAUUUUUUCAUGCAGAAAUAUUGGGGCAUAAGCCGGUAACAGUGCAUUCCUCAGAACGUCUUGAGAAAAAAAAUUGCGGUGUUUACUGAUAUAAGUUAUCAGAAAAUAAAAAAUAAAGAAAAAUUAGUUAACCUAUAAUCAAAUCUUCCCCCAACUUUCUCUGAUAAUUUUUUUUUUGCAUUCAAAAAUUUUUGGCGGCCAUCUAAACAUGGUAAACUGUUAUUUUCCACUAAAAAUUCCGCCAUUUUGUGGGUGGAAAACACCCUUAAUGAAAAAAAAGUACUUAAUAAACGUUGGGGGCGGUAUUUCAUAUGUUAAAAAUGUGUUCUAAGUUUGAAAUGAAUCGAUCAAGUAGUUUUGAAAUGACAGUGAACACGGACUUUGAAAAAGUAGUUUUGAGAAAAGCGCGUCGGCAGCUGCACUUCUAUCCCGACCGCCAUCAGCUGUUGGAGUUAGAGCGUUAAACGCCACGAUAACUCUAAGAAUAUUACUUCUAUCGACUUAAAAUUUUGGGACAUAUUCUUGAAAUGUUAAACAAUAAGAUAAGACAAAGUUUCGAAAGUGAAAACCACUAACCACCCCUUAAGCGAGUAUAAACAUCCUCUGUAUUUUUAUUCGGGGUAUUAUAUACUUAUCUUGCCUAACAAACGCCAUUGAUUUUAACAAGAGAUAACAAUGUGCUGGAUUCGGCGAAUAUUCCUUGAAUGAUAUUUAUUCAAUAAGAAAUCGCCUAAACUUUAUCUCUAUUUUAGCAGAAUUUUCUGGCCCAUUUAUAUGAUAAAAGUAGCGCCCAAAUUCUACUCUCUUCGAUAAAAAAUUUUGAUAGUUUUUGUAUAUUUGAGUAAAAUAGCAUUAUUACUUCAUUUAAUUGGUUGGUUCACGUUUGUAGGACGGAAAAAUUAAAAUUAAGGACAAAAAUUCCUGUUGUUUUCCUAAGAAGAUGCCAAUUUUAGCAAUUUUAAAAUGUGAAAUGAAUUUCUUCCAGAAGGCAUUAUUGUAAAGCUAAUUGACUCAAGUUAAGAGUAGAAAAGAAGUGACAUUUAUGCUGCCAGGAUACACAUUGCAUUGAAAAUAAAUUCCUAUCUUUGUUAUUUCUAACUAGUUGCACUCAUACCACAAAUGUACUGCUAACAAUUCUCCUGGCUGUCAACAUUUUCAUAAGCUUGGAGAACAAAAAAUAAACACUGUACAAAAGCCUUCAAUCCAAUUAUUUGUGCGUUUAUGAAUUUUGGUAAAUUUAAGUAAAAAAAAAAUCAUUUAUUUAUUCAUAAAAUAUUGCAAUUUUGUGUACAGUUAAAAUACAUACAUACUAUAUAUUUACAGUAUAAAGCCAUUUGCAUGUAACGUAAUACAUCAGUAUUCUUUUUUUUAUACAAAAAAUAUGAUAAAAAAUUGUGCAAUAAACUUUUGGUUACAUUUUCGCUCGAUAUCAACAAUUAUACUGUAACAUAAAGAAAGACCACCCCAGUACCUACUUAUGUAUGUACAUGCAGGUUAUAUGUAUGUAUGUACUGUAUGCAGAUAAUACAAGUAUGUAGUUACAUACUAUGAAUUAUGUGUACAUAUGUAUUUAUGUCUGUAAAUGCUAAGCAAAGAUAACUAAAAGUUUCAAGCUGAGAAAAUUUAUUUUUAUGGAGCAUUGUUAAAGUUCCUAGACGUAAGAAGAAUACUCUUUUGAUAAAAUAUUUUAAAGUAAAAUGUUACCUGUAUGCCAAAGAUUUACAAAGGACAACAAAAUAUGAAAGGACCAUACAUAAUCGGAAUUAAAAUAAAAUAUUAAAAUUAUUAUCAGCCUAUUUACAUAUACAACUGGUUUAGCUAUGUAUAAUGCUACUUUCGCAAACGCAGUAUUUUCUCUGUAUCCUUAUAUUUUAAAUAUGAAGUUAUACACUAUAUAGGGCUACUAGAAAAAGAUAUAUAAGCAUAAUAUUUAUAUAUGUAUGUCUGUAUACCACAAUAACCUUUAGUAGACUCCGUAAACAACUGGUAUGAACCACAAGUUUAACAAGCCACCCGACUAUAAUUUUUUCAAAAUGGAACCGGUAUUUUUUAGAUGUAGAACAUCAACAUAGAAGUAAUUUGCCAGACUUUUAACAGGAAUAUGUCUGCCUCAUACUAGUUAAAACCAGCAAAAAUAUGUGAAGAAAUAUAUGAAAACAAUUGUUAUUUAAAUAAAUGACACUUACAGGUAUGUUUCCGAUCACUUGAGGCUCUGCUUUGUGAUGCAGCAUUACUUUAUUAAGUAUGUUUAUUUAGAUUUUGUGAAUUAAAACGAAAUGUUUUUUCUAUUGACAAUGAACUAAUUGUUGAUGAAAAUAGUAAAUUCGCUUAUUUUCAGACUUUGAUGAAUCCUAAAAUCAGCCAUUCGGGUUUACUAAAGUCUUAAGCACUUCCAUUCAUAAAAAGCAGUAUUUUAGAAUAUUGAGCGUACAAACACAUAGAUUGGCAAACAAAAAUUUUAAAAAUGUAUAAUUGAGCAUAUAAUUAUGAUAUACUAUACAUACAUACAUAUAAAUAUUUCACACCGAGACGAUCCCUUAAUAUACAACUUUAUAAUGAAUACAUAUUAUUUCUCACAUACUGGUACUUGCAUACAUAUAUAAAUAUUAUAUAUAUUAUACAUAUGUUUAACAAUUUUAUGUUAAUUUGUUAAUACACCUUCCUGUCUGUUCCAAAGAGCUUAAACUAUACAUAUCAGAACUUUUUAUACAAACUUCUAUGCUCAAAUGAAUCCGGUACAUACUUUAUAGUGCAUUUAAUAAAAAAACAAACGAUGUACAUUUUCUAGCUUUAAAUUGUAGCGUAUAUUUUAAGUUUUUGCAAUAUACGUGUAUAACAAAUAAGAGACCUAUGAAGCUUUUUGAAGUUAUUGAUUUUAUCCAUUUACAUAAUAUGUUAUGCAGAAAUAUUUACAUACCAACAUACACAUGUAUGCGGGAGUAGAAUAGAGUUUGUUAGAAUAUUAUAUAGAGUAUGUUUAGGGAAAUGCACAAAAAUGCAUAAACUACUUUUUUGUCUUGUUGUACUAAAAUACUUGCAUGUACGUGUAGAAAAAUAUCCAUAGAAGAAGGAAUUAAAUUUAUUAAUGAUGAAAAUGAAUCAAAAAAAAUUAUGCACACAGGUGAAAUCAAAAUAUUAAUAUAAAAGGGAAAAUGUACAUACAUUUACAUAUUUACUUUUUGUGUACGUUCUAAGUAGCUCAAACACAAAUUAAUAUUAAAUAGAUCUGAAAGAUGUACAUUUACAUACGUAUGUAUAUAUUGUUAUAAAUAGGUCAAAUAUAUUAUUAGUGGAAAAAUAAAUUUAUUGACAUCAUUCAACUGCAAA